GUAGAUUAUUAGUAAAUGGGCCAAGUGGGAAUAGAGGGAAGGCCCAUGAAAGUGAUAAGGAGGAUUGAGGAGGAGUCUUGUUCAUCUCGGCCAGACUUGCCUCUGCUUCUGGCAGGUCGAGUCGGAACUCGGAAGGAGGAAGGAGGACGGAGGAGGAAAAUAGGAAUAGGAAGAAAGUUGAAAAUGGCGGUGAUGGUGGGGAAGUGGUGGAAAAUAGGAAUGGCGGUCGGGAUGGUAGGAGUGGUCAGCAAAGUGAUGAAAGAGUACGGAUGGGAGAAGGAGGUAGCGAUGAGAGCGUUGACGGAGUGGUCGCAGCGACUGGGAGUGUGGGCCAUCCCUGCCUACGUGGCCAUCCACACAUUCACCAUUGCCCUCUGCUUGCCCUACGCCGUCUUCUUGGAGGCUACCGCUUCUCUGCUCUUCGGCUUCCUCCCCGCUGUUCUCUGCGUCUUCUCAGCUAAGCUUCUCGGGGCUUCUCUUUCCUUUUGGAUCGGCAGAUUGGUAUUCAGGAGUUCAAAUUCUGCAAUGGAGUGGGCCCAAAGAAAUAAAUAUUUUCAUAUCCUUUCCAAAGGAGUUGAGCGAGAUGGAUGGAAAUUUGUCCUUCUAGCCCGCUUCUCCCCUAUGCCCUCCUAUGUCAUAAAUUAUGCGCUGGCUGCUACAAAUGUUGGAUUCAUUGUGGAUUUUCUGCUGCCAACUGUAAUUGGAUGCCUGCCAAUGAUCUUACAGAACACAUCCAUUGGCAGCCUUGCUGGUGCUGCUGUAGCUUCAUCAUCGGGAUCUCAGAAAUCUCAGGUUUUAUCUUAUCUUUUUCCUGUACUCGGGAUUGGGUCAAGCGUUCUUAUUUCCUUGAGAAUUAAAAAGUACUCAACUGACAUAUCAGAGGUGGAAAUAUCUUCCAAUGAGCAUGUUCAUGACUCUGAUAGGGUUGUUAUGUCAUCUCAAAACCCAUCUAAUAGAAGAGAACAAAACAUCCUGAAGAAAGGUCAAUAAUGUAUUAGUUCACUCUAAAAGACUAGGACGUUUUUUUUUUUUUGGGGACAAGGUUAACUCUAAUAACUUUAUCUGAUAUAUUUAUAUCAUCUCAUUGGUUGAUGAGUUUGUUA